AUGGUGAACAGCAAGGGGUGCAGCAUGGGGCGCAGGGAUAUACGCAGGGCACGUAUACGCAUGGAACACAGCAGGGGAAACAACAUGGAGCGCAGCAUGGAGUGCAACAGGGACCGCAGGCCGGUGGACAGCAAGGCAUUUUCAAUUCAAAUUAUUUCGUUCGGUUUGAAUUCGAAAUAA